AGCACGGCCGACGGCCGACGCGACCCCACGGAUAACGCAUCGACAUCACUCGAUGAGAUACGACUACGCCUGUCGAUGUGACCAGUGCAACGCGCUUAGCACGUGUGACAACCCCGUGCUCGACACCAAAGCGAGUGCCGCGUUUCAUCUAAUUCAACUUCGCCAAGUGAGCAUGAGUGACAGUGAACUUUACGUGACUUGAAAGUGGCUGUGUUGUGAACUCACAGUGACAACUAUGUUUUACUUACGCAACGUUCGAAUGGACAUUUGUCACGCUCACCCAAGGAGUAACAAGUUUCAAUUACGCCAACUUCUGUGCCAUCUAGUUUUUAAUCCAGCUUAAGUGAACACUUGAAGUGUACGAAAUGGCUCCUUUGUUUAGGGAAAGUUUAGUACUAAUUUUUAUAAUAUCGUGGCAAGUGAAUAACUUAAUAUUGGCAUGCCCAAAAAUAUGUGAAUGUAGGACUAACACGACGGCAUGCGAAAUGUGUUCCUUUAAUGUGACUCUGAAAGAUAAUAUAAAUAAGCAUGAGUUGGAGGUUUGCUGUCAGAAAGAUUUGGAACUUUUUAAUUGGAUACAAAACAACACCAACAAAUCUAUCUCGGAAAUCGUUAUAGAAUACAAGAGUACGUGUAAUACAAGCCGAAUCGAAGUCGACUUUCCUUACUUAGAUACGUACUCCAUCACUAUGCGAAACAAUAGUUUAACGAAGUUACGAAUAAACGUGAAAUUUAACAACGUACGCGUUAUUGAUUUAUCUAUGAAUAAGCUGCAAUUGAUAAACAAUGGACUGUUUAAUAAUUUUACGAACCUCAGGAAACUAAUUUUAAAUAGAAAUCAUAUUUCAAAAAUUUAUGAAAACAGUUUUUUUGGACUCGUUAAAUUAGAGACCCUGGAUUUGUCUGAGAAUUAUUUAACUGUACUUGCGAACGUGUUUUUGCCGCUGAAAAAUCUUCAACAUCUGAAUCUAAGCCGGAAUAAUUUAGAAUUUAUACAUAACAAUUACUUCAACAAUUUUUUACUCCAGCAUCUGGAUAUUUCGCACAAUAAUCUAAGGAAAGUAUCACCGGGAGCUUUGCAGCAAUUACCUAAUCUGGCACGGCUGCUCCUCACAGAUAACCCGCAUUUAGGAAUUACACAGUUGGAUACACAAUUGCUAGUUGGUACCGGCCGGAGACUACAACAAAUCGAUGCAUCGAGAACCGGCCUUUGCCAAGUUCCUGAAGCGUUUACCCAUUCUGUGCGAUUUCUAUCCCUCGUUGGAAACAGAAUAACAUCAAUAAGAUGUGGCGAUUUAGAUAGUUACCCAUUGUUGCAAUCUUUAGAUUUUUGUGACAACAAAAUCGCAACGAUUGAAGACGACUCCUUGGGUAGAUUAGAAAUGCUUUUAUUUCUUAACAUUAAUAAGAACCUACUGUCGAAGGUGCCAAGAUCAUUGCCCGAUGGAUUGAAGUAUUUGUCUAUAAACGAAAAUUUAAUCAGAAACGUUACUACGCCCGACUUUAAAGAUUUACCAAAUCUUCGUAUACUGUUGUUAAAAAGUAACCAGAUUCAAUAUAUUCAAGAUCGGGUUUUCGACGACCUAUUAUCGUUAGAAAUGCUUGAUAUAUCUCACAACCCAAUUAAGUUUUUAUCACCAAGUACUUUUGACGGCCCAUUAUCACUUCGAGAUUUAAGGCUUUGUCACUUGAACAUGUCUGUACCUGUACAAGAGGGGACAUUUCCUCUAUCAUCACCCGAGAGCGUCCAAAUGCUGCAUCUCCAAUCUAGUCCCGGCUUAGCAAAACAAUUGCUUUCUGACUCAGCGGCUUUAGCGGCAUUUUCCCAUUUACAGUACUUAGAUUUGAGGAUGAACAAUCUUACUGAAAUACGUAAUGAUUUAUUAUUUUACUUAGGUCAGUUGAAAACUUUAAGACUGCAUGGAAAUAAUAUAAAUUGUAGUGCCGAAUUAUGGUUAUCUGAUUGGUUGAAUACGAACAAAAGUUUUUCACACUCUGAAACCUGUUACUUCUCAUCUGUGGAGGCUAAAUCAGAAAUAUCUAAAUACAACUGUACAUUUCCAGAAACAUUUACUAUAAGUGAGAGCCUUCCACCUGUAAAUCUGUAUAGCACUGAAAUGAUAAAUAAGUUACUUAGAUAUUACGGAUAUUUGAAUAAUAAAACAGAGAGAAUAAAACAUAAUAACAGCACUAACAUUAAAAAUGACAUUAAUCUUGUUGAGAUUAAGAAAAAUAAUGUAGAAAACCGUAAUUUUCAGUCUAUCUUUAAAGAUGACAUAGAAAAUAGAAUUUCGAGAAAUGAAAAUAGAAUAACUUCAAAUGAUUAUUUAAAUGAAUCAUCGUAUGUUAAAAUUAGGGAAUCGUCGAAAGUCUUGGAUCAAAAUAAAAUUCAGAAAGAUCAAUUAAAUAUUGAUCAUAGAUUCUUAGAUAUUGAACAGUACAUUCCAAUAUCAACGCGUUCGCCUAAAAAAGAUGACGUAGACAUGAGAGAAAUUCGCAUGGAAAAGAGUGCGGGUAAACGAUUAAAUACGCCGGUUUCUACAAAGGAAUCUAAACCAAUUAUUUGGACGACUGAAUAUCAAAUCAUUCGAUAUCCUGCAGUAACUGAGGCGUACACUAUAAACCCUAACGUUCGAUUGGAAUAUUCAUCGUUUAAAGCUACACACACGAAUUAUGCCCAAUAUAUAGGAAUGAUCGCAGUUAUAAGUCUUAUACUGAUUUCAUUGAUACUAUGGGCGAGCUUUCGUCUGAGAUAUAAAAGAAGACAAGUUCGAGCUUUGAAUAUUGAUAUGGAGGACCAAAUAGAAGUGUCGAAUAUAUCCGGAGGGAUAUUAUGGUGACAUCUCCGAGCAGCCGAUCCAACGCCUUUUGAAUACGAUUCCCUUUUAACGUAGCAAUCAUUGUGAGGCGAUCGGCUGCUGGAGAAUGGAAGUGUUUGUGAUAUGAUAUUAUUA